UCGUUUGUAGGUCUACCUACCUACAUAGGUCUGAUUGCUGAUGCUGAUUGUGUGUAAAAGUUGGAAUUGAUAUUUUAGGAUGUAAUGAAGAAUUUCAGUCCGCAUUGUUUAAAAAGAAGGAAAUGUUUCGAAUAGCUCGCGAUUAGUCAAUACGAAAGUUUACGCUAUCGGUCGUUAGAAAUACUGCAGUGGCAAUGGCGACACAGCCCAGUGACUACACGGAGUUUCCGCCCGAAAUUAUCCUGAAGCCUAUGGCUCUGAUAGGUCUGUCGGGUCUCGACGCCGUCAACAACGCCGUGCACCGCGAGAUAUGGGACUCGUUUUCCACUAACCGCCGCGGAGACCGUGCCAGCGUGCGUUUCAAGCUACUCAAUAAUACCUUCGAAUUUCCCGUUGUUAAACCCAAGAGGAACUCUUACGAGUGGUAUAUUCCAAAAGGUAUUCUCAAGAAGAAUUGGAUUCCAAAGCGAGUGACGCAUAUUCCCGCCGUCGUCGUCAUUUUCUACGACAUGGAGUGGAACGACCCACAGUGGAACGAGAAAAUAAUAGAAUGCGCGUCUAAAGUGCAGUCGAUCCGCGCAGCUGUGGAGGGACACACUACUAGGGUUGCUGUUGUUGUGAUCCAGAAUGGGCAGUCUCCGCCGCCCUCUGAGUACAUGCUCGGGGCUGAGCGCGCCCAGGCUCUAUGUGCCGCCUGCGAGAUCCAGUCCAAAUCACUGUUUGUUCUUCCUCAUAGCGACCAUUUGAUGGGUUACAUAGUACGUUUAGAAAAUGCUUUUUAUGAUAUUGCUCAAAAUUAUUACCAUCAUGAGACUAAAACAAUAAAGCAGCAUAGGGAUCACCUCAACAAGACUACACAUCAGUAUUUAUUUGUUAGGCACCAGUUCAAGCUAGGCUUCCUCAAUGAACUGAAACAAGACCUGAGUACGGCCCACAAGCACUACAUGCAUGCAUACACCAACCUGCUGGAGACCCGCACUGUGGACACCAACAUACAUGAAGUGAGGACAGUCGCUGGAUACAUCAACUACAAACUGUGCAAGUUAUUAUUUGCUCUCAACCUUCCUAGGGAUGCUAUAGCGCAACUAAAGAAUCACAUUGAGAAGUAUAAAAACAGAAUUGGGUCUACUGACUUACUUUUUGAACAAUAUGCUUGGAUUGCAAGACAAUACAGUGCCUUUGGAGAAAUGUUUGAUGAAGCAAUUCGAGCUGGCCUGCCUGCCAUACAAUCCCAACAUCCAGGGUUUUAUUAUCAGCACGCAGCACAGUUUACUGUUAAGAGACGGCAAGCAAUGAGAUCAGUAUGCAGUGAAUCACUCCAAUAUCCCCCUGGGCCAGAUCCACUUGAAGGAAUGGUGGAGUAUUAUGGUCAAAGACCAUGGAGACCUGGUCGCCUCAGUGCGGAUCCUCAUGAUCCUCAAAAAGAACAAGCAGCCGUAUUAGCCCUUCAAUACAACGAACGGAUUUUUAAUCAUUCUGCUAUGAUAAUAAGUUUCUUGGGCUGUGCUAUAUCUCAAUUCAAAACAUUCCACUCGCCACGAAUGCGAAAACAACUUGUUGUUGAGAUGGCCAAUGAGUAUUAUUACUCAGCUGACUACGGGAAGGCCCUCACGCUGUUGACACACAUGUUAUGGGAUUACCGUAAAGAGAAAUGGUGGUUCUUGGCUUCUCAUGUUCUAAACAGAGCAUUGCAAUGUGCCUAUUUAUCAGCAAAAAUACAAGACUAUCUCCAGUUAUCAGUAGAAUCCCUAUCCAAACAUAUUCAGGUGCCAAACAACGACAAGAACAGGAUAUUCAAGAAUAUCAUGUCAGUUCUCAAUUGCAAUAUUCCUGAGCCAGAACCGGACCUGCCAGUAUCAUCACAGAGCAAACCACUGGAAGCUUGGCAGACCGUCAUUGAUAAAGAACCCUUGUCAGUGACAGUAGACAUGUCCAAUAUUUCCAGUUUCUUAGAAGUCAAACCAAAAUUCAAGCAGCAGCGAUACCGAAUGGACGAGACAGUUGAAGUGGAGCUGUAUGUGAGAUUAGCAUUUGAAACAAUCCUAGAAUCUGUCAAAAUAUUUAUAACAGUGGCAAGUCCUUCUGAAACUGUAGAAACACCAAUCACAUUGGAUGGGAGUCACUCCAUAUCAUUAGAAGGAGGGAAAGUGAAGAGAUUUCUAUGUCAAUUUAAAUCAAACCCCCGUGAUAGUGGAGCCGAGAUUCACAUCAAAAAUGUUUCCUUUGUCCUAGGUUCUGAAAAGAGACGAAAAAUAAUCAUGAAUUUUAAAAUGGAGGAUGUGAAAACUACAGAUGCCACUAUCCACCCAGAACUAUUGCAUUUCAUAUUAAGCCCUAAAGCAGAUUAUGAAUUUGAUUGUAUAGUGCCCUUAACGGUAGCUAGUCUAACAUCUAGAGAAUGUAGGUUGUCUAUAGCAAUAUUGAACUCGAGUCCAGCCCUGCAGGGGGAGUGGUUCCCCACAACAUUUACAAUCACUAAUGAAGAGCAGUGUGGUGUGUAUAACAUGAAGAUCACCCUGUCGUUGCUUAGUUCCCCUGAUAAUCCUAACCCUGAAACAGUCACAGAGCUAAGCCUCAAAGAAGGGGAAGUACAGACACAGCCAAUUCAGGUGCCCGUAGGAACCAUAAGUCAAGGAGUUAGUCACACUGGCAUGUUCUACAUGAAAACGAACCGAACAGCCACUACUACUGUUCAAAUUAAAGUGUCUUACACCAUAGACCUCCCCGAGAUCUCAAACUUAGAGUGUGUCAAAGACUUCACCACUAAAAUCACAGUCAUCAAACCUUUUGAAGUUGUCUCUAAUUUUGUUGCAAUGAAUUUCACUCCUAUUACAAAGUGUUUUGUAGAUGACCCAUUUAUAGUUAUGCCUCAGAUUAAAAUUUUAAGCCCGUGGGAGCUAUUAAUAGUCAGUACAGAUCUAGAAGUAGUAGAUUGCUUUAGUCAUAGUGAUGACAGCAAGUCAUCUUGCAUCAGCGACCUAGAAGUGGCAGAAAAGAAUAUAGCCUCUGAUGCCAUCUGCAUUAAAGCCAAGUAUAAACCAAAAGACAAUCCGACCAGAGUGGGUCUGUAUAAUAUUACUUGGAAGCGAAAGAGUAACACUGACGGCCACUGCGUCAUGAGCAGCACUGCUCUGUCAGGCUUGCCAAUAGAUGUGUGCCCGAUAGCAAUAGAAAUCAAUUAUCCACAAAUAGUAGAACUUCAGACCUCAGUGCCACUAAAAUGUACUUUAAUCGGAAAGUCCGUAACCCCAGUGCAACUAAACCUCACUGUGGAAGGCACAGAUGCUUAUAUGUUCUCUGGAUAUAGGAGACUGUCCGUAACUGUGCCCCCACGAGACAAAGUGGUACUGAACUACAACAUUCAUCCUUUAGUGGCGGGCAACACCACACCUCCAAGGUUAAAAGCAACAGUCAUUGGAGAUGACUCUUGCCAGGAAGUAGUCCAAGAAAUGUUUGAGAAAAUCUUUCCCCAGAAUAUAUUUGUUAUGCCUAAGUACAAUAAAUGAAGCGUAUUGAGUGUUAUCUUGUUAUUUGGAAGUAUUGUAAAUAUCUGUGAACAAAGCUGUAAGUUCUAGUUACCCUGUAAUUAUUAUAAAUACUAAUAAAGUCAGUUAUUUGUUUAUAA